AUGAAAUUGACCCCCAACCAGCUUUCCUCUUCCUCGGGGGCACGAUAUCAAACCUUCCAAACACGACGACAUGCCAUAUCGGGUACUCCAGCACGUCCUCGUCGGAGGAGCUUCCUCAGUGGGACUAACGCUACUCUCGGUAUGGAAGGAGGAGCUGGCCGCCCGAUCGUGCUGGUGACCAACGACGACGGGAUUGAAGCCCCGGGGUUGCGCUUUCUGGUCCAGGCUCUCGUCUCCGUCGGCCGCUACCGCGUUCUUGUAUGCGCCCCAAACUCGUGAGUACCCUCGGCAUCCUCUCCUUGACGCUAAAUCCAAUGAACGGAUCAUGUGGCGGUGAGAGUUAUUUAUUUCUCUUUACCUUCCGAGUCGGCCAUUGCCGAGUGGGUUUGCUUAGGUGGUCUUCUGGAAUUCGUUCACAUUUUUCCGCAGGACAGGACUUGAUAACAAGGAAAAAUUGUUAAAUGGGCGCGAAUGAGAGAGUAGAAAAGACUCGACUGGUUUUUUUUUACCUGAUUUGCUUAGAUUUUGCGGUGAUACCUUCGUUUCACAGGUUACAAUGGAUUAUAAUGGAAAACAACUUUUUAUUGUCAUGCGAAGAAAGUUUUCCACUGAAAAUGCAUGCAACCUGCGUAUAUCCUGCAAAUCAUGCAGCAUCACAUCAUAGUAAUGAGGUCACUGUUUUCAUUUGUCUUGUUUCCCCUCAUAAACGUAUAUUCUGUGCGUACGGUAAACAAAAAUAAAGCACACAAAUCAUCAUUUUCCACUUUUUGAUUUAUUUUCUUAACAUGCAUUCAUAUUUCCAUCUGAGGCCAUACUUCUACCUGAUUACAGAGACCAGUCAGGAGUAGGGCAUGCGAUCACAUGGCAGCGUCCUCUCUCUGCAACUCCGGUUGAACUUGAAGGGGCGACAGCAUAUGCUGUCUCAGGUUCGUCAUAUUUCCAUAUUCAACAUUAGAUAGCAAUAAUUUCUCCUUCUAUUUGUUCAUUAUUAUCGAGGCAAGAAAGCUUUCAUCAAUUAAAUGAUGCUGUAUUUGCAUACUUAUUUCAAGUGGACCUAAGUUGCCAGUGAUUUUUUUUUCCCUUCAUUUGUUUCCGCCUGUACAAUUCAGACUUCAUUUUUUCUGGUUAUUUUGUAUAGGAAAUCCCUUUAAUUGAUUAGUGUCCGAAGAUGGAUCUCUGAUUAAUUCUUCAGGAUCGCUGUUUGUUGUUUGCGUCUAUUGGUCAUAUGCUCUCAUUAAGAUUGAUGCGACUCAAGCCUUAGAACGGUUAAUUAGUGUUUGCCAUCUAAUUUCAAUGAAUGUUCCCUUCGUCGUCCCUAAGUGUCCCUGUAAGGUCUGGCCUGAAUCCUGCCAACCUACAUAAAAAAUAUUGCUCUGAUUUAUCGUCUUACUUAAAAUUAUUCUAUGAUCCAAGUUCAUAUCAUAUGCAAUUCAUUGAUGAAAAGAUGUUUCGUACAAAUAACUCAAGUUCUUCAAGACAAAAAAAAGCUCUAGACUGCCUUUGCCACUUAUUUUGGAGAUCGUUAUUUUGUUGAAAUAUGCAAGGUGCUUCAUCAUCAAGAGCUCGGGCUCACUAAAAUAGUACUCUGUAGCACAUGUAACGGGUUCUACAAUUGCAUACAUAACGAAACAGAAACCAGGAAAACUUCUUCAUGGAAACUUCAAGUUCCCUUCAGUCCUUACAUUAAUAGCCUUAAUUAUGCUCUUAAAAUUUGGAAAAAGAAGGUACUAUACCUUAUUGUAGUAGUAAAUGGAUUGUUUUAGGAGAUAAAACUGUGUUUUAUGAUUUACAGGGACUCCUGCUGACUGUGCCUCUCUGGGAAUAUCAACAGAACUCUUUCCUGGGGAAAAGCCUGACCUGGUAACUUUGGGUUUGUCUCUUAGGCAUCUAUUGUUGUGUUUGUUGUGCUUCUUAGCACCGGAAAUAGCAAAGUUAUCAAUGCUGCCUUAUAUAUGUAUAUAUUAUAUUAUCUUAUAUUUGAAUCCGCAUUGCUUUACCAUGUUGAUUAAUUGGCUAAUUAAUUUGCAUAGGCAUGCCGUGUUAUACUCAUUAUCUGAGAAAUAUUUAAUUCGUGAGCUGCUAAUUGUUUCUUGAAUGAUAACAGGUAAUCAGUGGAAUAAACAUCGGCAGUAAUUGUGGAUAUCACAUGUUAGUAACAAACCUCAAGUUCCUUCUUUUGAUUUCUUUGUAUUCCUGUUAAAGAAAAAUUUCAGCUAGGGAAUUAUUUCCUUUGUAUGUUAUCUGUGCAGAAUCUUGAGAAAGUUUGAUUCAUUGGUACUGGAUAGAUCAAAAGAAUAUUCCUUGCUUGGCUCUUGUGGACCAGUGAAUAGUUAAAUCGAGAAAUGGGUAGUUACCUGUUUUGCUGUCAUUUCUGUGCCUGAAUUCUUUAUCAUAGAAGCUGAUCUCUGUUUGAAUAAUCCCUUCAGUGUUUGUAAAUCUGGUCUGGCAUGUGAAUUCCUGUAAAAAGCUUGAAUUUUAUACGAGAAAAAAAGAAACCCGUGGAUCUAAUAAACAAGAAUAUAUUUUAAAGGCCUAUUGUACAUGCUUCACUUGGGGCAUCGUUUUGCCUGGAGGAAAUAAAGAAACCGAGGGUCAGCUUGUAUAGCGAAUUCAACCAGCAAGAACUUAAGUCACCUGAAAUUUCUUUAGCUGCGCAUGACUUUCCUUUGUGUUUCAACUCCGAUUUUCCUUUCAUCCACCCUAUGGCAUGCUGAGAUAUCGACUAGAUUAAUUUGGCAUUACAAAUACACUUAGAUUAAUUUGGCAUUACAUCGUAUUACUUCCUGUUCAUUGAAAAGUGGCGUUUCACUAUUUUCUAGAAUUGUUUUUAUCACCGAGCAUCUGAUAUCAUAAAUCCGGUGGAUUUGUUCCUAGAGAAUUCCUUUUGGAAUGUUUUUAAUCGGUAUAACCUUUUCUGCUCUUCUUUUCUUUUCUGGGCCAAGGCGGAAAAUGCUUCUUAACAUUUGAUGAUCUGCUGUUUUUUUUCUGUGCUAUCAUUUUGAGUUCACCUCUCUUCUCUAUAGUGAAUAUCGUAAUCCUUGGGUUCUUUUUUACAUGUAGUCCUUGAGUUGUCAUAUUCUGUUUUCUAUGCAUUAGAUUUCGAUGUAGCUAUUGAAUGAAAUCUAGUGCUCAGUCUCUGGAGAUUCUGUUUUCCAUAGAUUUUUAGCAUUUUAUUUCUCCUGGAGAGUAGUAUAUCCUUCAAUCCUCGGAUCAUAAUAGCUUACUAGACUGUUGUUUAACUUUUCGUGGUCUUGAAUUUGACUUCGCACGACUUUUAAUUUCCAUAAAAAAUACAUGCAUCAAAUGACUUUUAAAUACAACUCUUGUUGGAAACAAGUCGACAUCUUUUUUCUCGUAGAUUUUGUGGGUCCAGUGAUGUCUAGGCCCACCCGAAACCUGCAUUCGGAUCCAUUUUUUGGUUCUGAGACCCUAUAUAACUCGGAUCCACAUUUCUAAGCUAAGUUCGAAAGGAGGAAAGAGAAAUUCCCUCCAUCGUCUAGAACUAGAGUUUCGGCAAUCUCUCUCUUGGCGCUGGCUUCCUCCUUUCCCUCCAACUGUCCGACGAUUUCUCUUUGUGUUUUGUGAUUCCUCUUACUGCCCGGUGGUGCCCUCGUCAGAUGCCUCCUCUUGAGGUUCCCGUCUUUCUUUUACUGCUGACUGUACUCUCUUCUGUAACGAUUUAUCCUAGUGUUCCAGGCCUCCUAUUGAUCGAAGGUAUACCUCAUUCGGCAGAAGGAUUUUUCCCUGUGUUCCAUCUCUCUCCGAUCAUUUACUGGUGGUUUUCAACGACUUCAAUGCACGACCUUUUCUUAUACUUUUUUGACGAACCUCUUUUUCCUUUUUCAGUGUUUAUUCUGGGACUGUAGCUGGAGCGCGAGAAGCAUUCCUCUAUGGGGUGCAUUCUGUGGCAAUAUCAUACCAUUGGUAAGUAGAAGACUUGAAUUUCUCACAGAAUUAAUGCUGGUACAUCUACCGAUUCUAUUACUUAAAAGAAGAAAAAGAUGUGCAUGUUUGUUUAGCCAUGUAGCGAUCCCUUUUCACCGUGUAUCAUCACUUUUCUUGGGUCCAAUAUACGCGGAUUAGUUGGGCUUACUGUUGUUCACCUACUCUCCUAGAAGACAACCUGAGAAUGAGCAGGAUCGAACUACUUCGAUGAGAAAAGUAUUUGAAAAAUAUCAGCCAUCAACAAAUAAAUGAUUCCUCAUGCCUUGAUGAGUUGAAGGAAGAAACUGCAUUUGGUAUUAAGGUUUUUUUCUUACUAUUUUUGCUUAUUUCUUUUUUUUGUUGCGCAAAAACACGCACACAUUUCUAAAGCCACAUCUUCUUAGAUAUGGAUGCCAACGAGAAUAGAGUUGCCACAAGGAUUAUAGUAGUAACAGCUGAAUGCAAAGUAGUUUAUCCUCCAGACAAGAAUCAUGGUAAAUAGAUUUGCUAACCUUCAGAGGAUAAUGUUGCUUAUUUGUUUUACUUGUUGUGCAAAAACAUGCACGCAUUUCUAGAGCCACAUCUUCUUAUGCAUGGAUUCCAACGAGAAUAGAGUUGCCACUAGGAGCUUAAUAGUAACAUAUAAAUGCAAAGUAAUUUAUCCUCCAGACAAGAUUCGUGGUAAAUAGAUUUUCGAACCUUUGAGGAAAUAUUUUGUUUUCUCUUGAGUUCUCUUCUGAGCUACAAUCUUUGGUUAAGGUGCAUGGUUUCAUCUAUCAAGAGCAUGUUUCGAUUGGAACAAAUAUCUCAAAAUGCACAUUGCGCAUACACAUUACAUAUGUCAGAAUAAUACCAGUUGUCUGGUCUGAGGUUGAUUAGAUACUGUUUAUUUUUAGUAUUUUAAACGGAUAUUGUGCAGUCUCCAACAUGAUAACAUGUUUCUUGCUAUGGGUGCUCUAGUUAUAAUUAUGUCAUAUUCAAAGGCCUAAAACAUUCAUUGCCCUAUUUGGCACAAAUUUGUAAAAUGUGAGCGACAGUACAGUUGGUUAACUUUCAUGAAGCAAUGUCGUCAUCAUCAUCCUCGAAAUCUCAACUACUGAUAGUCUGAGAGUGAAUGCCACUCUAUUGUGUGUUAUGUUUAAGUUAAAGUUUAAUUGUAUCUCUUUCUUCACUAGCUCGAGUGAUGUGCAUCAAGAAGUAACGCUCCUAGUUCUUGGUUGGUUCUGUCAAUUGUCUUUCUGCGUGUCUGAAUUAUCUGAAAUGGCUUAAUGGACUUCAUACCUAUGUUACCACCAUUUGCUUUUGCUACAUCUUGUUUUCUUAUACAUUUAGCCAAUUCAUUAUCUUCCCACCUACUCCAUCAAUAUGGUUGAAGAAAGCAGGUCAUGGACUUUAUCUCCUUUUUUGUUUGUCUUUUUUCAUUUUUUAUGGUGAUAUUUUUUUAUUGGGGAAAGAUAUCGAGUCAGAUACCUGGUGGGCUCUUCCUGGCGCAAUCAGAAUCGUGUGUAUUAAGUUGAUUUUCUGACUUAAGAGCCUUGAUCCACACAAAUUUGAAAGGUUCUCAGCCAACCUAUGGUAAGAUCAAGCCAAAAAGAUUUAGCUCAAGUAAGAACCCGUUAGACAUUGUAGCAUAUCUACCUUUACUUUUAAAAAUCCCUUCCCCACUGAAGGUGAAUAUAUUUGGUGUAGAGGAUCUGACAUGGGAGAGUACUCAUAUGCUGUCACCUUGCUUUGUAUAUGGAUAGAUCAGAACCACCUGGAAUGCUCGUUCUCUUGUGACAUACACAAGAUAUUACUCUAAUCUACUAAUAUAACUAUUUUCCUUGCAGAAAUCGCCCACGUCAGAUAAAAGAAUUUUUAUUAAGUGGAACAGCCAUAAAUAAGGUCUCCAUAAAAUAUGGUGACUUGUCCCCUACACGAUCCUUUGGUUAAUAUGGAAUGAGAGUAGGUGGAUAUUCAUGAGGCAAAGUUUUAUACUUGAGAGGCUGCUCAGUUUUAAAUCUGGUUUAGUGGUAGAGCAAAGGACAGGGUGACAUUUCUUUGGUAAUGAGAAAAGACUAUGAUUAUGUGAUUUCUGUUAUUUGAGCUUACUAAUAUGGUCCAUAUCAUCCUGGUGGCAGAUAUGGCGAUUGUACAGGAUUUUUUUCUUAGUGUACAAAAAAUACAAGCACAUCUCUUUUUGUCGCCAUUUAUUGAAGACAUGAUUCUACCCUCUUCAUAAUAAAUAUUACGAUUAAAUACAAUUUAUGUUCUUUGCCCCAAUGGAAAUUUAGUCCCUAGUUUUGUCAUGCUAGUGUUCUAUUUGUUUCAAUUAUGAUUUACAUUUUGUAAUCAGCGGUAAUGGCAAUAAAGGUGAUGGGCUGCUGUAACCAUGUGACUAGACGAAUGUUAAAACUUGCUCAUGCUUCAAAAGCAUAUGGUUUGGAUAUUUUUGACUUUUUGGAAACUAAUCGGUAGGUGGUGUUCAAUUCCCUUGGAUUCUGAGUUUUCAAAUAUUGAGCUUUUAUAUAAUACCUAUAUAUAUAUAUUAGUUUAAUUCAGUGGGUAUACUAAUGAUGCUAUGAUAUCUCUCUCUUUCAGGGUGCGAGGAAAGAGUAGCACUCAUGAUCUCAAAAGAGCUGCAGAGUGUUGCUUGCCACUCUUAAAUGCAUUGCUAGUUGAGAUCAUCAGCAAAACAUAUCCGAAGGGAUUGUUUCUUAACAUGGAUCUCCCAACAGAUCUUACAUGUCACAAGGUAGGCUUGCUUUAGGCAUAAAGGUAUAAAACUACACGUUUGUUUCUUAGAUGGUGGAUGGAAGUUCUUGAAUCUAAUUGGCCUUGUCGCAGUUCAAAAACCGUAUAAAAAUAAUAAAGGAAACCACAGUUAAGGCAGCAGAAUGUGCUAACUCACCCAAAGACACGAUUUGAUGAAUCCUGAAAGGGAAUAUAGGGUAUAAACUUAAACUGAAAUGGAAGCAUUGCUACAAAAAAGAUGAGGAAUGAAAGUGUUGCCUUUUUUCAUGCUGUUGCUAUAGCUUAAAAAAGUGAAAAUUUAAAUUGAACAGGUAAAGAAAAGUGAAUAGGAAGAAGUAAAUAGUGGAAACAACUCGUGUGGCUUUUGUACAAAUUCGUUUAUCCCUAAUAUAGUUAUCUGAAUGAAUGUUAUCUAUUUGCCUGGAAAAAUGAUAUACAUUUUUUUAUCCGUCUAGCAUGUCAAGCAUUGGACCUCGUUAUCUUGUUCCCUUAUCCACUGUUAUUACAAGAUAACUGUUGUGCUCAUUCGUGGCAUGAUUACAACUAAAAUCUUGAGAUUCUCUCAAUUUGAGCUGGCAGUAUCCUUAGAUGUCAGAUUAGUUUGGUAGGAAGCGUAAUCGUUUUUUACGUACUCCAGAACAAUGUAGUAGCUUCAAGCUUUUGUAAUAAGAUAGGACUUUGUUCCUGCAUUUGGAGGAAAUUGAGUUCCUAGAAAGUUUAUCUUGAUGUAGACAUGGAAAAUAUUCUGUUUAGAGAAUUUUUAAGAGUCCGUUGAUCAUAUACUUUCAUAUUUCCCUCGAAUUUUAAUGCACACGUUAUCAUAACUUUAAAAAAAGUUUCAGAAAGUGUACGGUGUUAAAAUUUUGAGAAACUUAUGGGUGGGAAAUUCUAUAACUAUGCUUUUACAUGCUGGUUUUUCUUUGUCAUUUUUCAUGUAUUUGUGUCUUUACAAGGAAUUUCCUUGGUGCCAAUUGACGUCUCCAAUAGAUUUAAAAAUAAAAAUAAUUUCAAAAUUGACUCCAACUUUCAUUAGAUAUUUGUAAAACUCUUUGUUAUUCGUAGAUAAGUUUGUAGAUGAACAUAUAACCCAUCAUUCUUUUUUCUUCAAUUAGGGGUAUAAGAUAACAAGACAGGGAAAAUUCAUGACAAGGAUUGGAUGGAAGCAGACAACUUCAUCAUCAUCUGCUGAAUGUAGCUAUGUCACUGCGGAUAUGGAGCUUGGCUCAGCUGUGAAAAAACAAAAUGGUGAUUCGAGCUCAGCCCGAGGAGCCCUCUGGUUUAAGAGAAGGGUGUUUCUUUAACUUCUUUUAAAUUCAGCGGUUAUAACUAUUUCGACGCCAUUUGUAUUCAUAUAGUUUGAUUGUGUUUCCCGUUAUUUAAUUCUUGCAGUUAGCUCCUUGAAUACACAAUUAUUUUUGUUCUGGGAUAUUUACCUCCCCAAAGCUCCACGUUGAACGAUCUCGUUACAUUCUGUUUGGUGUAUCCUUGGAUAUGUAUCAUUGUUCACCCAAAUUCCACAGUGAUUUGUGUACUUAUUUAGUUUCUAUAUUCCUCAGGGAAAAUAUUGGGUCUCAAAAGUCUUUGUGCUCUCAUGUCCACCCGAUUUUAUGUCCAAGCCUUCUCCAACUGGACAAUUGUAUGCAGGAUUGGAUUUUGUUGUGCUUUGCUAACCGAUCAUUGCCAAUUCGAAUGUCCGGCAAGAGGCCGGGGCUAUGCUGAGUUUAUUUUUAAUCAUUUAAACGAUUUCGAAACCAUUUUUAAUUCUUAUUCUUUUCAAAUGAUAUGAGAGAGAAAUGGCACAUUCGUCUUACGAAAAAAAUUUACCUUGAAAGAAAGAUUAGCUUGUGUUUCCUUCAUAUGACCAGUACUCUACCAGUGCUAUUAUAGCUUCUGCAGUGUGGAUAUGAUUUACGGAAGUAUACUAUGGCAAAACCCAAUCAUCACACUAGUAAUUUUGACACCUUAUUUGUGCUGUGAUCGUCAACCGUAGAUAUCAAAACAACUGACACAAGAUGGUUUUGUAUUUCUUAAGCACCUCAUCAAACUUUAGCACGUGCACAUUUAUUUAUACAUUUAGAUUAUACUCGUCUUUGUGAUCUAUUCUUGGCUAGUUGAAUUUGUGGCCUAUGGUGGUUAUAAACCUUGAAGCUUACUGCCCCUAGCAUUAGAAAAUUUGUCACUCUAGACCAUAACAGGUAUGAAGACCAAGACGAGUAGGGGGAUGACCUAUGAAAGAGUUCUAUGAAACGUGAAGGCUUACCAAAGCUCUGUUCUAUGAAAGAUCUUACUGAAUAUUGUUAUCUAUGAGGCCUCCAAAGUCAUUGACUUUAUUCGCAUUGUAUCAGACGUUCACUAUAAUUUGAGUGGCCUGUGUCGUUGUAUUAAUGUCGUUUUGGAGAAACUGGGUUGGUUUCUUUUGUAGGUCGAGAACUUAAGAACAUAGCGGAGUACUAGAUUGUAGAUAAGAGUUCUUAAUCUUGUAUUCUCUCAACCAUUUGCAGUCCAAGCACCUUUGUAUUCUCUCACCCAUGAAAUCGUUUUUACAUAUUUGAACAUUUCACACUGUUUAUCUAUUUUCUUUGAUUUUUGUCACGACAAUCUAUUUUUAGGAUUAAAGUGAGAAUUAUGGUCAACAUGGUUAUUGUGUCUGAUUUUCAUUCUACCAGUUUGUGGAGCAAAAUGCUGAGACGGAAAACGAAGCAGAGGAUGUAGACUUUACUUCUCUUGAAGCUGGUUAUGUUAGUGUUUCCUGACCAAUAUUACUUGUUGCCAUUACAAAGAUACCGAUCAUAGAUAACUAAGAGAUUGUUGUAAUUUUCAGAUUACGGUUACCCCUCUUGGUGCCCUUUCUCGUACUGAGGUGGAAGCAGAAUCUUACUUCAAAGAUUGGAUUUUACGUGUACCUGAUUCGCCAUCAACUUCGUAUUUAUGA